GGUUCUUGUUCCCUGACUACGGCUUCUUCUUCUUCUUCUCUGGUGGGUCGGUCGGUUAGUGUUAUGUUGUUAUCCGACUCGUCGUGAUACUGAUCUGAUCUUAUGACGACACGAGGCCGUGGUUCUUCUUACCCGUCUCAAAAAGCAUAAGAAAAGAGCACAGUUUCUCUACUGUAUUGAAGUUUAGUUUGUUUCGAGUCGUUCGUUGUCACUAACUAGACUGCGAAUUUUAUCAGAAUGGACACACGUUGUUCCGUCGCCGAGUGUUGUUCUGUACGCGAGAAAAUGCUACAGGAAACAGGCGGUGAUCAUCAUUAACAAUGUCCAAGUCAACUUUCCAACACCUACGAAAACUUGCUCAAUAAGAAAACCAUUUUUGCUCAUUAUCAACCUGAGCUCAGCACCGGGUCGCUCCUCGUUAGCUCACAUUUUCACGGAGGAUGUAAAUACAAAUAAUCUCGUUAACAUGAGGAGGUGAAACUUUGAUUAAUUAAGACUUUAUUAAUUUGGUACCGUGUUGUACCCAAUCAACCUACAACUUGCUCAAAGUGAACAAAGAUGUAUACACACCUCAUUGUGACGAGAAUGAGGUUACAAUCCGUGUCAAGGGGGACCGAAAUACCCCGCAGAUCAACUGUGAAGCCACCACCACCACCACUUUCUCCAGGCUGCGAACUUACACAAAGUCACCACCAGCUCAGCAACAUUCACCGCAAUGACUACGCUUUGUUUCACGCUGUUAUUUAAAAAAUAAUAAUUUGUACACGUGUAAAUUUAUGUCGCAACACGACGCAUAAUAGGAUUUGUUUGUAACAACAAAGAAAAUAAUGACACUUCAAAGUGAGGCGGAAAGUUAUAAUUAUGUUUAAUCCACCUUGAUUGCGAAACUCACAAGGCUAAGCCACUACUACUUUUCUACAUAUGUACACACCCUUCACAAAGGAGCAUGAGGAAAUGAGGGAUGGGAAAAGAAAUUGAGAAAAACAAUGAGACGCGUUGUUCCAGAGGGGGGAUGAUGAUGAUGAUAAGCGACAUGGUGUCAGACUACUUGCGAUGCUCGAGUAGUGGUAAAAUUGUCAUUGUCCUUCACGUGUAAAGUGAUAUUUGUUUUGUGAGUCGGCCUGGUUAGUAGCGAAAGCCGGUCAGAAUGAUGAUGUUCAAUAAGUGGAAAAGUAAAGGAGAAAGCAAUGGUGGUGGUGCAGUCGUAGGUAGUACACGUAAUAUCACCUCCCAAUUACAAACAAAUGCGGACGGCGACCAUCGUGGGUACAGGACCCAUCUCAUCUUUGCUGGGAAGCGUGACCCAGAGGCGCCCUCCGGGCCGAGUGGGGCCAGUCAGUCAGGCUCUCAUUUCUACGGCGGCCAUUCCUCCUCCCACUCACUCUCACAUUCCAACCACCCCUUUGCCCAGGCUCAGCAGAUUCGACAACCUCCACACGAGCCGGCUGCACGACGAAAGGGAAGCCGUCCACCCAAUCUCCAGGUCGAAGAGGAAUUGUACGCCAGGGGAGCCAACAAGCAGGUGAGCUUUGGUGGCGGAGGGGGCAGCAAUGCCUGGGGCGGCGGAGGAGGACCUGGUGGUGCUGUGCCCUCUUCUUCCUCUGGGGGCCAACCCCACAUGGCGUACCAAGGACCUCCCACUUACUACAAUGGACACGGAGGGGCCCCCACCACCGGCGUGUUCGAGGACCCGACCGGAAAACCCGGCAUGUUGGAGGUGGUAGCAGGGCUUUCCAGAGAUUGCUUCAUCAUUCCACUCGCCUGUGUUGAUCGGUUCCUUCCUGCUGGACUCACGCUUCCAGAACUGCAAUCGAGGUCCAACAACAAUUCCAGUUCUUCUUCAGGGGCUGGGACGCCGCUGAACGUACUCGAGGUGGCGGAUCCCCAGUUGGCUGUGGUCGUCCAUUUAAUGACCCCACUGAUUCCGCUGAGCCAGCCCCUCGACUCCCCCACCAACCACCCCGAGCGGGUCCAACGCACCCUCGCCAUGGAACUCAUCGAACGAGCCAAGUUGGAGAGACAAGCCUCUCACGGACUUUUAUUGGCCUCGAUGGAAAACAGUUCUGACUUCCCUUUAAUGGCUUUGUACGUGGUGCCCAAACUGCGGACGGAUGCCACCGAUUUUCUAGAAACGGCAAGGAAGAAUGCCUUAGAUGUUUUUGAUCCCCCCACCAUCGGACACUGCGGGGAUAAUUUUUUCCAUCUGUGCCGUGAGGUUGCCACCAUCGCCCGACCUCCCACUGAGCACAAUGGUGGAAAGAAGACCAAGGCGAACGCGACUGGAUAUAUUGUCUCCAUUUUUCGAGUCUUUGACGGAGAUGACCGUGAGAAGUUGGAACGAAAUUGGCUCUACUGGACAGGAGCUCGAACUCUGUAUCGCCACUUGCCAAAAAGCGUGGGACUGAGACGAAUAACUCUCCAUAAAUCUGCCCUCCGAGGGGACAAGUUGUACCUUCUUCUUUGCGAGUGUUCCAACUUUCUCGAGAAUGUCAACUCUGCUGCCCAAUUGCUUCCAGCAUUAAGAGCUCGGCUGUGUGGAUAUACUGGAAUCUACAGGAUCGCGCACGCUUUUUAACGCCAAGUCCACCUCGCUUAAUAGAAAAAGUAGCAAGUUCUAGUAAGCCAUCAAUUACAAAAAGCUACGAUCUAUCUACAUACAUACAUAUGCCCACAGCUAAACAAAACCAACGUCCAAAGCUAUAUGAUUUGCUAUGCUACAUUACUGCACUACAAAACUGUACUGUUUAACAAAGAAACAAGAGCUGACCACCUUCUCCUUCAUCAGAUCAGAUCACUUAAUUAUGAAAGAAUAGUCCCAACCAAAACCACUUUAAGUAUGUGCGUAAAAUAUAUUACUGUCUCUGCUACUCACGACGAAGGGAGGCUUAUCACACGGAAUUGUAUACGCUUUCAUGAAGAAGCCUCAUCUUUGUUACGACGUUAUUUGCCAUUUUCACAAUUUCAAUUCCUCUCUCUCUGAACCAAAAUUGAUCACUUUUUUAAAGCAACAUUUUCCGUUUUGAACACUAUCGUUCGGUUGAACCAAUGGCAAAUAAUGUUUUUCCAUGUCUCCAUUUUUAAUUUGGUUACGCACAUGCCUUAGACCAAAUGAUGAUAAUUGAUAUAUAAGUAUUGCCACUAUGCUGUUGUCAAUUAAUCAGAUAUCUAUAUAAACAACAAAGUAUGUAUUUAAGUAGGCUGUACUUAAGUACGAUGACACAUAUUCUAUUUCCUUAUUAACUGACAAAUAUAACAAACCACAAGAAAUUCAAUGAAAGUAGCGAAAAGUUGUUAGAACUCUUCAGAAAUCGGCUAUACGUACACUGUUACCAGUCUAAAUAGCUAUACAUAAAAUGUAUAUUGAGUAGGCCCCCAUGAUGUGAUCACUGAUGGAUGAACGAAAAGGGACGAAAACCAAUAGUGCUUCAGCAAGUUGUGAUACACAAAUUAAUGCACCCAUUCUAACAGAAAUAGCAGAAAUGUUACAUUCCGAAAGUCAGGCACACCAUGACACUGCAUUAUCAUUACACAUAUAAAAAACAACCCACGUGAAAGUUAUUGAUGAAGAUUGAAGAGUAAUUCUCUUGACAUGCUUUGUUCGUCAUCUUCUGCUCUAAUUUUCACCUUCAGUCAGUCAGCGUCAGCCGAAUUGAAGCUGCAGAAAUUGGAGAAUAGAAUAAAAUAUGUAAGAAACAGGGGGGGGGAGAAUUUCAUUGAGAAUGUGAUUUACGUGGUCAAGGAGCAAGAGAGUUCAGUCGGGUAGAAAAAAGGAGACUUCGCCUUUCUGUCGUUUUGAUGUAUCUGCAUCAUCAUCAUCCAAAGUCGGCGUUGUUGGGGCCAACAACUGUCCUUUGAUUUCACACGCUUCGCUGAUUCCAUACAAACCAGUCUCAUACAUAUAUAUUGAUGCAAAUAAGUGCGAAGCUCAGCAAAACUUCAUCGCUGAAUUUGACACAAGUUUCUCAAAUUCACAACUUUUGAUCUCGAUUUAAUAAAUAAUUCCGGAUAUAACAAAAAGCCAGAAAUCAAUAUGACACCAGUCAUACGCAUCUAAGAAUAAGGUGACUGAGGAGAUUCGUCGACAUUUAUUCAAUUGAAUUUCAAAUCCGCUUUUUCAUGAUGCACAUCACGAAGGCAUUUCCCAACCAAAAGAGUUGGAUCAUAUUGAUAAUUAUUGUUCGGUUCUGUUGUGCCAAUGAUUAAAUCCCGAAGCUGAAUAAUGGCACAAACACAAGAAAAUUGGUGGCCUAUCUAUAGAACCAUCUUGCGCUAAUUGCCAAAAAAAAGAAUGUAAAAAGUGAUUGAACCAGAAUACUCUCCAAUAUUGACGCAAUUAUGGGUGCUAAUAAUAUUACCUUAAUACGCACAUAUGUGUUGGUUUCCCAAAUGUGCAACAUUGUUACUAUAUGUAUCUCUACUAAUUGUAGCGUAAUAUUAUCAAAAGAGUCUGUAAUUUCCAAAAUCUGCAGAAUUAUUAAUUUGUAGAACAGAUAUUUGUCAAAUAGUUAGCAUUUUUAUGAUUUAACUAAUCAUUUCCUGACUAAUGUUGUAAUAAAGUAAACUGAAAAUGCCAAAUUGUUACCUGAGUAGAGUGAUUACAAGAAGACGGAAGAGUAUGCAUGAUAAAAUUUAAUGGAUUAUAUGUAGAAGUAUGUAGAUCUUUUAGUAAAAGUCUUGUCGUUGUCCAUAUUUACUAUUAAAUAAAUGUUGUAAUUGCACAUAAAAAAGUAUAUUUAAUUGCAUAGAUUUAUAUGCAGAAAAGAAAAGCACAUGGGAAAACUAUGCAUUUUGUUCAUCUCACCAUGAUUAUUCUCUCUCUCUCUCUCCAGUUAUUAAACUACUUAUAUACAAUGCGAAUUCCACUAUUUUCUUAUCUGAAUUAUGUAUUGACUGUGCUAACUAAAUUAUGUAAACGCAUUUUAAUUUAAUGCCGCAUUGAAAAAAGAAAUCUAUAUGGAAAAAUUAUCUCUCUAUUCAUAAAAAUAUGUAUACUAUUUACAUAUGUAUGUAUCUAUUAGUUUGUAAAAAGACGGCGAAAUGACAUCAGAAUAAUUUUUGAUUUUUGAAAAUUUAUAGAAUUCCAGAUAAGAAAAGCUAUUCUACUGUUGUAACAUCUAUAUAAAAACUGUCAUAAGUCAUACGUACAAGUAAUGUGUAUAAUAUAGUAAGUAUAAAUAAUUGUAAUAAAUGGAUGAUUAUACAACCAACAAAUGAUUUAGAGUUAAUUGUUAAUGAAUAAAUAAAUGUUGUGUUCUAUGUAAUAAAAUAUAUUGUAAUAUUAAUAAUCUUGCCGACACAAAAAGUGGACAUAGAAAGAAAACAUAUCCACCAAACACACACACUAAUUCGUAGAAGAAGUCGUCACGAAAAAUAUUUCUGUACGUAAUGAAUUAUCAAAUGUUUUUAGCUGAUUUG